AAAGCUCACCUCCCUUUCCUCUUUCCAACUCCCACCCCCUUUCCGGGGCCAAAGCGGUUUGUUCCAGAGUCCACAGUGCUGCAAAAGUCUCUCUGUGCGUGUGUUUGUGUGUGUGUGUGUGUGUGUGUGUGUGAGAGAGAGAGAGAGAGAGGGGGAGCUAAAAGAACAUACGGUUCCUUUGUUUUUAUAUUUUAGAGGUCUUUUUUCUUCUAGAGUUGAUGGAAGAGAUCAAGGGGGAAGAGAUCGGGGGGGAGGAGAUGGAGGAGGGGAGCUUGAUUGAGAUGUUGGGCUCAGGAGAGGAAGAGGGAUACCUUUUUGGUCCACCCUCUUCUCUAUCGUCUUCUUCUUCUUGUUAUUCUUCUUCUACGACGGCCUAUAUGCUCUAUUUUGGUGGGCAUGAGGAGGAAGCCGUUCCCCUUCAUAGGAUUGCCCAGAAAUCGAGUGAUUCCUCUUUGUCCUCGCUCUCCUCUUCUCCUCCUUCUACCACUACCACUGGUACCGUCACCAGCUCCAAGUCAUCAAAGAAAAAAGUUGAGGCUGGUAGAGGUGGAGCGGGAAGGAGGACAACCACAGCUAAUAACACUACUACCCACGCUUCUGUUACGAGUAAGAAGCCUAAGACCGAGGGUUCCUCUAGCCAUGGUUCGAUCAAGGUAAGGAAGGAGAAGCUAGGAGAGAGAAUUAUAGCAUUGCAGCAAUUGGUUUCACCAUUUGGCAAGUCGGAUACGGCCUCGGUUCUUCACGAAGCCCUUGGUUACAUCCGGUUCCUCCACGACCAAGUCCAGGUUCUGAGCUCUCCGUACCUGCAACGCCUGCCAUCCUCUGGUCACCUGCAUUCUCUAUAUUAUCUUCUUUUCUUUUUCGAACUUAAUUCCAAUGGAGGAGGAGGAGGAGGGGAGAGAGCUGGAGACGAGAACGAACGAUCUAAGGAGCCGAGGGCUGUGCCUCGUCCCAGUGUCCUGCACAGAACACGUGGCAAGCAGCAACGGUGCUGAUCUCUGGUCCCCAGCGAUGGGAAGCACCAACUCUUCCUCUUCCUCGACGAAGCACUAGGCCAUCCUUUCCUCUCUUCCAAGCGUUUCUUCUUGGGUUCGGCGUCUCGUUGCUUGUGUUUUUUCUUUUGCUUUUUAUGUUGCCCUUUUGGGUUCAACCCCGGGCCUUGGGCUGCUACUGCUUCCUCGUUUUUUUUGGGUUAAGGGAACAGUCACAGAAGAAAAGAAAGUUUACAGAGGAAUAGAGGGGAAAAAAUAGGGGUGGGGCUGGAACUUCAGAAGAAAAGGUUGAAAGGAAAGGACAAUCCUUUAACAAUAUAUAUAUAUAUAUAUUAUGCCUCUGUAGCAUAGAACAUAUUAACGCUAGGAAGAAGUGAAGCAUUGUUGUUUUUGUGGGAUUUCCUCUGCUAUGGGAUAUAUAUAUAUAUAUAUUUAAUGAA